CACUUCCAGCUAGUGGGUUGGGGGAAGUACACGCACACUCACAGCCGUACACACACCCGCACUCUCCCUCACAUUCCCCGUCCCUGCCUACCCCAGCUGGCUCCCUCACACUCCAUUCAUACACACAGACACUCACUCACACACACUCUCUCUCUCUCUCUCUCACACACACACACACACACACACACACAGAUCCACGCGGAGCACCGACCCAGGUGCCGCCAUGGACCAGGAGGGGAACGUGAAGAGGACAGCUAGAAACAGAGGGUGGUUACCGUAGUAACUGGAUCUCUCCUCUUCACCUCUGUGCCUGAUGAUGCUGUCUCUCCAUCCGGCUUCUCUUCUCUCGCUUCUAGAUACACUACCUCUACACUGACAGUGGAUGACACAGAAACAGGAGGGGCUGGUUUCUCAUCUUUUCACCCUAACUGAGAAGGGAACCUUAUUCUCCGACACUCUCCUUGUCAGGACGGAACCCUACACUUUUUCCCUUUCCUUAUCUUUUUCUCUGAGAUCGUUGGCUUCCACUUCCCUGGGAUUUCUACCCUUUUUAUUCCGCCAUGGCUCACGCAGCCUCCGCAUUGAAGAAGAACCGGGACGUGGAUGUCAAUGCUAUCGAGGAUGAGAAAGAAAAGAAAAGGAGAAUUAAGAAACUUGCGUCCCGGGAACAAAAGAGAAAGUCGGACAGCAAUGCCAGUUACCUGCGAGCAGCGCGGGCUGGGAACCUUGAAAAGGCCCUGGACUACCUGAAGUCUGGGGUGGAAAUCAACAUCUGCAACCAGAAUGGAUUGAACGCUCUUCAUCUGGCCUCUAAGGAGGGUCAUGUGGAGGUGGUGGCUGAGCUGCUGAAGCUAGAAGCCAAUGUGGACGCAGCAACCAAGAAAGGAAACACCGCUCUUCACAUAGCCUCCCUGGCCGGCCAAACGGAAGUGGUGAAAGAGCUGGUCACCAAUGGAGCCAAUGUCAAUGCACAGUCUCAGAAUGGCUUCACCCCACUGUACAUGGCUGCCCAGGAGAACCAUCUGGAGGUGGUUCGCUUCCUCCUGGAACACAACUCCAGCCAGAGUAUGGCCACCGAGGACGGGUUCACUCCUCUGGCGGUGGCCCUGCAGCAGGGGCAUGACCAGGUGGUGUCUCUGCUCCUGGAGAAUGACACCAAGGGCAAGGUGCGUCUGCCCGCCCUGCACAUCGCCGCCCGCAAGGACGACACCAAGGCUGCAGCGUUACUUCUCCAGAACGACCACAAUGCAGAUGUAGAGUCCAAGAUGAUGGUGAAUAGAACGACAGAGAGCGGCUUCACUCCUCUCCACAUCGCUGCUCACUAUGGCAACAUCAACGUGGCCACGCUUCUGCUGAACCGAGGGGCCGCUGUGGACUUCAUGGCCAGGAAUGACAUCACACCUCUCCAUGUGGCAUCUAAAAGAGGAAAUAGUAACAUGGUCAAACUGCUGUUGGACAGAGGCUCCAAAAUAGAUGGCAAGACCAAGGACGGACUGACACCUCUUCACUGUGGAGCGAGGAGCGGUCAUGAACAAGUGGUUGAGAUUCUGCUGGACCGCGGAGCACCCAUUCUGUCCAAGACAAAGAACGGGCUGUCCCCUUUGCACAUGGCCACUCAGGGCGACCACAUCAACUGUGUCCAGCUACUCCUCCAGAAUGACGUCCCUGUCGAUGAUGUCACCAAUGACUACCUGACAGCGCUACACGUGGCCGCCCACUGUGGACACUACAAAGUGGCCAAGCUCAUAGUGGACAAGAAGGCCAACCCAAACGCUAAAGCGCUGAACGGCUUCACCCCGCUUCACAUCGCCUGCAAGAAGAACCGCGCCAAAGUGAUGGAGCUGCUGCUGAAACACGGCGCAUCGAUCCAGGCUGUGACCGAGUCUGGACUUACUCCUAUCCACGUGGCAGCCUUCAUGGGACAUGAUAACAUUGUGAACUCUCUGACACAUCACGGAGCUUCACCCAACACCACCAACGUGAGGGGUGAGACAGCGCUGCACAUGGCAGCACGGGCGGGUCAGGCAGACGUGGUGCGAUACCUGCUGCAGAAUGGAGCUAAUGUGGAGACCAAGGCCAAGGACGACCAGACGGCGCUGCACAUCUCUAGCCGGCUGGGGAAGGCUGACAUUGUCCAGCAGCUGCUGCAGCGGGGGGCUUCUGCCAACGCUGCCACCACGUCAGGCUACACACCCCUGCACCUAGCUGCCCGCGAGGGCCACGAGGACGUAGCCGCCAUGCUGCUGGACCAGGGUGCAUCGCUCUCAGCCUCCACUAAGAAAGGGUUCAGUCCUCUACACGUGGCAGCCAAGUAUGGGAAGAUGGAAGUGGCCAGCCUGCUUCUUCAAAAGAGAGCAGCUCCAGAUGCUGCUGGAAAGAGUGGGCUAACUCCACUGCAUGUAGCUGCUCACUACGAUAAUCAGAGAGUGGCUCUACUGCUUCUGGAUCAGGGAGCAUCUCCCCACGCCUCCGCCAAGAAUGGCUACACACCCCUCCACAUAGCUGCCAAGAAGAACCAGAUGGACAUAGGGACCACGCUACUGGAGUACGGGGCGGACACCAACGCUGUGACCCGCCAGGGCAUCAGUCCUGUUCACCUGGCUGCACAGGAGGGCAGUGUGGACCUGGUCUCUCUGCUCCUCACCAAGAACGCCAAUGUCAACAUUGGCAACAAGAGCGGCCUCACACCCCUCCACUUAGCAGCGCAGGAGGACAAAGUCAACGUGGCAGAAGUCCUGCUCAACCAGGGGGCGUACAUCGACCCCGAGACAAAGAUGGGAUACACUCCGCUGCAUGUGGCUUGUCACUAUGGCAACGUCAAGAUGGCAAACUUCCUCAUACAGAACCAGGCCAGAGUUGAUGGCAAAACAAAGAACGGCUACACGCCCCUCCACCAGGCGGCGCAGCAGGGUCACACCCACAUCAUCAACCUGCUGCUGCAGCACGGAGCCUCGGCCAAUCAGCUGACCGUGAACGGAAACACAGCCUUGUCCAUUGCCCGUCGCCUUGGUUACAUCUCAGUGGUGGACACUCUCAUGCCGUUGACUGAUGGGAAUCUGACCUCUGUGACUACGACAGAAAAACACAAAAUGAACGUCCCCGAGACCAUGAACGAGUUUCUGGACAUGUCUGAAGAUGAAGUUAAGGCUAAUGUGCCGGAAAUUCUCAAUGAGGACUGUAUUUCAGAUGUUGACGAAGGUGAGGAUGCAAUGACCGGAGACACUGACAAAUAUCUGCGGCCCCAGGACCUCAAGGAGCUGGGGGACGACUCUCUCCCGCAGGAGGGCUACAUGGGGUUCAGCAUAGGAGUCCGCUCAGCAAGCCCUAGGAUCAGCCUCCGCUCCUUCAGUUUGGAUAGGUCCAACACCCUCAACCGCAGCUCCUACGCACGGGACAGCAUGACGAUAGAGGAGAUCCUCGCCCCGACCAAGGACACGCUUCAGAGUGUCUGUAAAGACCUUUCCUACUUGGUUGACCCUCUCAAUAAGCACCUGGCUGUAACCCGAGACUACGAUGCAGAGUGUCUGAGGCGCUACAGCUGGACCCCAGACACCAUGGACCACAGCAACACUGUGUCCAGCCCCAUUCACUCAGGCUUGUCCUCCCCGCUCCCUCAGUAUGACUCCAGAUUCCUGGUUAGCUUCAUGGUGGAUGCUCGUGGGGGGUCCAUGAGAGGAAGCCGAAGCAACGGCAUGCGUAUCAUCAUCCCGCCCCGGAAGUGCACGGCUCCCACCCGCAUCACCUGCCGCCUGGCCAAGAGGCACAAGCUGGCCUACCCUCCGCCCAUGGUGGAGGGAGAGGGCCUGGUCAGCCGGCUGGUUGAGGUCGGUCCCGCAGGAGCCCAGUUUCUGGGCCCCGUGAUCGUGGAGAUUCCUCAUUUUGGCUCCAUGAGGGGGAAGGAGAGGGAGCUGAUUGUACUCAGGAGCGACAACGGUGACACAUGGAAGGAACACCAGUACGACUGCCAUCCAAGUGACAUCACAGACAUUCUGAACGGGAUGGACGAAGAACUGGACAGCAAUGCUGAGCUGGAGAAGAAGCGGAUCUGUCGGAUCAUCACCAGGGACUUCCCCCAGUACUUUGCGGUGGUGUCCAGGAUCAAGCAGGAGAGUAACCACAUGGGUCCAGAGGGCGGGACGCUGACCAGCCAGACAGUGCCCAUGGUCCAGGCCUCGUUCCCACAGGGGGCGCUCACCAAGAAGAUACGCGUUGGCCUGCAGGCUCAGCCCGUCCCAGACGACAUGGUGAGGAAUCUUCUCGGCAACAGGGCAACCUUCAGCCCUAUAGUUACCGUGGAGCCCAGGAGGAGGAAGUUCCACAAGCCCAUUACCAUGACGAUCCCUGUCCCGCCCCGAUCUGCAGAGGGCCACCCCAGUGGACACAGGGGGGAUUCCACCCCCUGCCUGCGCCUCCUCUGCAGCAUCACAGGUGGAACAUCUCCUGCCCAGUGGGAGGACAUCACAGGGACCACUCCCCUGUCCUUUGUCACAGACUGUGUUUCCUUCACAACAAAUGUGUCGGCCAGGUUCUGGCUUACGGACUGUCACCAGACUCCUGAGACGGUCAGUCUGGCCUCUCAGCUAUACCGGGAGCUGAUCUGUGUGCCAUACCUGGCCAAGUUUGUGGUGUUUGCCAAGAUGAACGAUCCUGUGGAGUCACGCCUCCGCUGCUUCUGCAUGACGGACGACAAAGUGGACAAGACUCUGGAACAACAGGAGAACUUUGAAGAGGUGGCCAGGAGCAAGGACAUUGAGGUCUUGGAGGGCAAGCCUAUCCAUGUGGAUUGCUAUGGCAACUUAUCUCCUCUUACCAAGAGUGGGCAGCAGCUGAUCUUUAACUUCUUCUCAUUCAAAGAGAACCGGCUUCCUUUCAAUGUGAAGGUCAGAGACAUGGGCCAAGAACCAUGCGGUCGACUCUCAUUCUUGAAAGAGCCAAAAACCACUAAAGGUCUUCCACAGACUGCUAUAUGUAAUUUGAAUAUCACACUGCCAACUCAUAAGAAGGACAUGAUGGAGUCUGAUCCUGAUGAUGAGACUGAAAAACCAGACCGACGUCAUACCUUUGCCUCCUUAGCUUUGCGUAAGCGCUACAGCUAUCUGACCGACCCUGCAGCGAAAACACCUGAUCGGAGCUCGCCGAGAACACAGCCUACUGGCUACACUCACAAACCUGUCUUUUCAACGAGAUCUUAUCAGGCGUGGUCGGCUGUUCCUGUCUCCGUCCCUGGCCAAGCCAAGUCUGGAUUCGGUUCCCACUCCAGUUCAUCGUCCAACACGCCCACUGCCUCUCCACUGAAGUCCGUGUGGUCCAUCACCUCAGCGUCCCCCAUCAAGUCCAACAUAGGCGGCUCACCGGCCCAUUCCAUCAAGUCAGUCAGCGACGUAGCUUCCCCCAUCAGGUCGUACAGGACCAUUUCAUCCCCAAUAAAGACUGUAGUUCAGCAGGCCCAGUACCCAGUUCAGGUUACCCCCAGUCUCCAGUCAUCGCCAGUCAGAAGCGUUCCAGACCAUGUUUCCAUCAAGGGACUGGCAGCAUUGUCUACUAGAACCUCUCCUAUCACCACUGGUGGAGGGUGUCUGCUAGAAAGGUCAUCAAUCGCCAUGACGCCACCUGCUUCCCCUAAAUCCUCACUGAACAUAUACAGUUCAACUCUUCCAUUCAAGGGUGUCAUUGUGGGCACUGGCACCACAACAUCGUCCUCUCCUAUAAAAACUGUUCCUGGCCUCUCCUCUGUCCGGUCCAGUGCAGACCCCUCAAGCCCGUCAAGGAGUCUCUUUUCCUCCCUCUCAUCACCAAUUAAAUCCAACACUCCUCCUAGUGCUGCAGCUCUGAUCAAUGGAACAGUAUCCCCUACAAAGUACCGCUCCUCCUCCCCCACGUCCCUACUCUCCAGCAGCUUACAGGGGAGGAUACAGGCAACCACCAAUGCAGCAACAACAAGCGUAAAUGCAGCCUUUGACGAGGUUGAAAAAACUUUCAAUUCCUGCUCUGCCUCUGGAUAUGGCACUCUCAAGUCCAUGUCCUCCUCAGCGUCAUCCUCUUACCAGUCCAUAAGAUCCUCAGCCUCUAGUUCCCUAUAUGCCUCUUUAAGGUCCCCACUUAACCCACCAAACACAAUGACUGUCCCAGUGUAUUCAAUUAUAAAUGUUUUGCCAGAACCCCAAUUUAAAAAGCUCCCUGAGGUGUCAAAGUCAGCUGCUGCCCUCUUGUCCCCUCGAAAAACUAUGCCUGCUGAGACAAACUCUCAAGCCCAGUCUUCCUUUGCCAGAACUCUGUCACCUGUCAAAUCCCCCUUAUUCAUGUCCCCGGCUGCCCUAAAAUCCACCACCUCAUCCCCGCUGUCCUCCAGCCAAGAGAUACUGAAGGACGUGGCAGAAAUGAAAGAGGACUUGAUACGAAUGUCUAACAUCUUGCAAACAGAACCAAGUUCAGCCUCCAAAGGCUUCCAGUCUGACUUCCCCAAAGAGGCUAGAAUGGAGGACGAGGAGCCUUACAGAAUUGUAGAGAAAGUGAAACAGGACCUGGUCAAAGUUAGUGAGAUACUAACCAAGGAUACGGUCAAGGAUAACAACACAGCUUUUAAAACAAAUACAACAGAUGAGGCACAGUUCUCUAAACAAGUGCCAGUGGAUCCUCAGCAAAGCAACUGGAGUUAUCCACCAAGAUAUGAGACAGUGGUCCCUCAAAUCAAAACUAAGACUAUACCAGACAGAGAUUUCAAUCUAUCGAAGGUAGUAGACUACUUGACAAAUGACAUUGGCAGUAGCUCUAUCUCAAAAAUUGCAGAUGUAAAGCAUAGAUCUGAUGAGGUUAGAAGAGAAGGAGAGGAGAAACAGAAACGUAUGCUUAAACCUGAGCACAAGCUGAAAAUGCCACCCGCAAACAUGCGGUCCUCUGCCUCAGAAAAGGAGCUCUGUAAACUAGCAGAUGUGCUAUUUGGGCCUGACGCCAUGUUAGAAUCUCCAGAUGACAUCUCACAUGACCAGGACAAGAGUCCCCUCUCAGACAGUGGCUUUGAGACAAGGAGUGAAAGGACACCAUCUGCCCCACCGAGUGCAGAAGGCAUGGGACCCAAGACGCUUUUCCAGGAUAUUCCACCAGUAAUCACGGAGACAAGGACUGAGGUUGUUCAUGUUAUUAGGAGCUAUGAGUCUCCUGAAGAUAACAAGCAACCAAUGAUGGAGGAUACAAGGGCUGUUAGAUACAUUGAUGCUGAACCCAAAGGGCUGAAUGCAUCCAAUGUGGACCAAACUAAAUCAUUUCAGAUGAAAAUCAGCCCGGACGAUGACUCGAUGGGCAAGGGCAUGCGAGUUAAGGAAGAGACCCACAUCACGACUACCACCCGAAUGGUGUACCACAAACCCCAGAGUAAAGAGAAUACAUCAGAGAGAAUUGAAGAAUCAAUGUCUGUGCAUGAUAUCAUGAAAGCUUUCCAGUCCGGCAGGGAUCCCUCCAGAGAACUUGCUGGACUGUUUGAGCACAAGGCCGGCAAUGAUGACGCAUCACAGAGAGUUCUUGAAGAUAUCAGCUCAAAGCCCAAAGUUGAAAGAAUAAUUGAGGUUCACAUUGAAAAGGGCAACAAAACUGAACCAACUGAGGUCAUCAUCCGGGAGACAAAAAAUCGCCCAGAGAAGGAGAUGUACUUCUACCAAGGGAACAGUGGAAUGUCACGACAGGGAGAGGAGGAGCCUGAAGAAUCGCUCCCCUGUUACCUAGAGUCUUCCAGAGUAAACACGCCCAUGACACAGGAAGAUGACAGUCGUCUAAGCUCUGAACAGCUCAUGGCAGACGACUCGUACAAAACCCUGAAGCUACUCAGCCAGCACUCUGUGGAAUAUAAUGAUGAUGAAUCAUCAGAACUCAGAGGAGAGUCUUACAACUUCGCAGACAAAAUGCUUCUCUCUGAGAAACCAGACUCGUCUCACUCAGACACUGAGGAGUAUUUAAGGGACAGGUCUCGUUUUCAAUCCCCAGAAAGGAGUCGUUAUAGUCAGGGAAGGUCUAGUGGAUCAAGGCAAGAAUAUAUUUUGAAGUCAUCAAACACAGACAAAUCAGGUCAAAUUGCCAAUGUAGACGAUAACUUUGACAAACUAACACUGUUGCAGUAUUCCUCAGAACCUGGUAGCCCAAAGCACUCUGUUUGGAUGCGUGUCACUGAUGACAGACAGAGCAAGAAUAGAGAAAAGCUGAUAUAUGAAGACAGAGUAGACAGAACUGUUAAGGAAGCAGAGGAAAAGCUUAGCGAAGUCUCUCAGUUUUUUCGUGAUAAGACAGAGAAACUGAACGAUGAGCUUUCUUCCCCUGAGAAGAAGUCCCGAAGGUCCGACUUUAGGGAAACACGAUCAGGGCCUAGCUCUACGCACAGCAGUCCUGAAAGAUCAGCAUACAGGAAUGGGGGCAGUGGUGAAGAAUGUAGAGACCGUUUCAAAGACAGGUUUGGCUCCAAUGAUAGAAAAUGUGCUAGUUUACCAAGCAGCCCAGAGAGGAGAGUGCUGCUACAAUAUAAGGAUGACAAUAGAAAACCAGGGGAUGGCAUCUCACAGGGCAAUGUGGGUGAUGCCUCUAAACCUUUUCAAAUGUCAUCCUCCAAAGUCAGCGCUGUUAGGCUACAUUUUGAACAAGAGGCUCAAAAGCAAGAUACGGGUCCACAAUGGGGACACACGUCAAAUCCCCCAGUAAGAAAACUCCUGGAAAGUAAGCUGCCUGUGUAUCAGGUUUUUGCAGGCUCAAAUAUCCCCAAAUCACCAGACAGUCCAGGAUGUACAAGGAAGGUUCUAGAAAGUGAGGUAAGAGGAUCUGGUGGACCAAGCCCCAGUGCUAAUAGGUAUAUUUACUCAUCUCCUAAACACGGCACAAACGGAAAUGAACAGGAAGAAAAAAAGUCCUUCAAAACUUGGGAAUGUCAUGGAAAUGGAAACUAUCAACCCCAAGUGUCAAAACUAGCCCACACUUUAGUUCAAGAUGCGCAUGGCAAUGACCACAAUUCACAAAGAGAACAGCAGGGUUUUAGAGAUGGAAUAGCCAGAAAAGAAGAGACAACCAAGAAAAUAAUUUACACAGAGCUUGUGGUCCGAGAAAACCCAAAUAGUAGUGAUGUACGUACCGGUAGUCUAAAAAAAAACUCGGAAUCGCAAAUUCCUGUUAGAAUGCCAUCUAGUUUCUCAGAAAAUCAUCAAUCCACUUCAUUAAAAUUUGAUACCUCUGUUAAACUGUGUGAAAGGCCAGGGUUACAAAUACCUACUUUAGCUAGAAAUAGGUUACACAGCGGCUCUGAAUCCAGCAAAUCUACAAAAGGCUCAUCAGUAGAAAAAUCAUCUGAUUCUUUUGAUAGUAGUCAGUCAACUGUAGUGUGUAAUGGUAUAGAUAGCGAUCAAGUAGAGUACUUGGAAAACAUAACCCCUGUAGUUGUUACUGAGAGUUUCAAAGACAUCAAACCUUUGCCAGUUUAUGUUAGCAUCCAAGUGGGCAAGAAAUACGAAAAAGAAACAGCUGAGCAGCUGGGAACAUACAAAAAGAUAGUGAGUCACGAGAGCCGAACAGUGCAUGAGACACGGGGAGCGCUUUACACCAUUAAACAAAAACAGCCCCCAUCUCCUCAAGGCAGCCCAGAGGAUGACACUCUUGAGCAAGUUACUUUCAUGGACAGCUCUGGCAAAAGUCCUGUUACUCCUGAGACACCAAGUUCUGAGGAGAUGAGCCUUGCCUCCAGAACACCAGAUUCUGUGAUUGGAUACAUGCCCGGCAUGCCCAUUCCAAUAGCAGAGGAGUCUGAGGAAGACGAAGGAAAGACCUUCAUCUACAAGGAGUCUCUGCCAAAGAAACCCAAGCCUGCCUCAUCAGAACCCUCCAACCGAAAUCAGGAAACACUGAAACGACCGAAAGAGAAAAGAGUCGCUUACAUUGAGUUUCCCCCACCUCCGCCUUUAGAGGCAGAGCAUUCUGACCCUGAUAAGAGGGGGUCUUGUGCCUCCUCAGAGGCUGAGACAGAGAUGAUGGAGGUGAACCUCCAAGAGGAGCAUGAUAGGCACCUCCUUGCAGAGCCCAUCAUCAGGGUUCAACCUCCUUCUCCAGUUCCACCUGGAGCAGACGACAGCGACUCUAGCGAUGAUGAGUCUGUCUUCCAUCCCAUUCCCAACAAAAAGUACACCUUCAAGAUGAAGGAGAAGGAGGAAGGAGAGAAGCGUCUAAAACCCCAAAAGCCUGAGAGGAACGGAAACAACAAGGAGUCAGGCACAAAUGGCGUUGAAAAAGAAGAGGAUGUAGACUUAGAGAAAAAUGGCAAUGACCAGUCAAUCACAGACUGCUCCAUAGCCACAACUGCUGAGUUCUCUCAUGACACAGAUGCCACUGAAAUAGACUCUCUCGAUGGCUAUGACCUUCAAGAUGAGGAUGAUGGAUUGAGUGAACAGGACCCUAAAACAUCAAGCCUGUCCAAUGACGGCAAGACAUGUGAUCGUUCCUUUAGUCAAUCAAAGCUUGAAGUCAUAGAGGAGGAGAAAACACCAAGUGAGGAUGGAGGGGAUAAUGGGAAAGCAAACUCAGACCAAAACACCGGAGAUGAAAAAGACUACACUCUUGAGGGAAGACAUCCAGAUAGACAGGGCGAUAGACAAGACUUUGCAGAUAACUAUUUUCGCUGUCAACUCGAAGAGGAAUUAAACUCUACCUUCAAAACAGUCGCCACGAAAGGCUUAGACUUUGACCCUUGGUCAAGCAAAGGGGGAGAAGGAGAAGGAGUUUUUGAUGCCAAAGCGAGAGAAGAAGAUCCCAAGCCUUUCGGUUUGUCUGUGGAGGACAAAUCACAAGCCACCACUCCAGACACUACCCCUGCUAGAACCCCGACUGACGAAAGCACACCGACUAGCGAGCCUAACCCUUUCCCCUUCCAUGAGGGGAAGAUGUUUGAGAUGACGCGCAGUGGUGCAAUUGACAUGAGCAAGCGGGACUUUGUUGAAGAGAGGCUUCAAUUUUUCCAGAUUGGUGAGCAUUCCUCUGAUGGGAAAUCAGGGGACAAGGGGAGAGGGGGCAAGAGUCCGGGGGUAGUUACCUCUCAGUCAAAAACAGGGGAGAGGGGUGAAGGGGUGAAGUUAGAGACUACCACAGACAGCAGCACAUCAGCAAAGUGCAGCCCUGCACAGACUGGCACUGACACUGGCUGUACCGAUGCGCCUUCUGGUGACACAGUAGCCGAGACCACAUCCUCAUUCACGAUCACGGCCUCUAAAGUUGACCCCAAAUUACGCACCCCCAUUAAGAUGGGAAUAGCCAUUACAGUGAAAAAAGACUCGGGGGAUCACACAGAUUAUAAGGCAGAGAUGUCAGAAAGUCAGCUGUCAGAGUACAUUAGCUUGGAAAACCAGUCAGUGGGGAGUCAGUUUAGCAGAUACAGAGACCCAAAGCUGUCAGAAAGAAGAGAUUACCCUGCAGAGAACUGUAAUAACAACAAUAACCUUGAGUCCUCUAGCGUCCAGGCUAACUAUAUACAGUGUGGCAGUGUGGUGUUUAAUUUGCAGUCGUCUUCUGAACCCACCCUUCAGAAAGCCAGUAGGAUUGAAGCUUUGUUCUGUAGAGACUCUCUAGAGAGAGUAGAAGAAAACAGUGUUCAGGUUGAACAAAGACAAAGUGAAGCCAUCAAGGAAGCUGAGGCGAAGCAGCAAAAAUCUAGGCUGCCUGUCAAAGCGCCAGGGUGGUCUUUUCAUACACAAGGCACAGCAAUAGGGAAGCAAAAACCCAAACAGGUUGUCAAGGCUGAGGUGAGGAGAAGAGCAGAGCCUGUCAUUGCCAAAGUAGAGCCCAGGUCUAGAAUCCCAAUCAAAGAUAUUAAAAAGAGCAGCACACCCAGCUCCCCAAUAUCAGUGCAGGUAACAACUCAGUCUAGCAGGGAAAGAGUAGCUAUACAGUUUCCCUCCAGGUUGCCCAUUAAAGACAGGUCUCAGGUUAGCUCGUCAAGUGAGACGAGUAGGGAGAACGCCAGCGAGGUUUGUAAACGCACCAUCGAGUACUUUAAGGGCAUUAGCGGGGAGACGCUAAAGCUGGCCAACCGCCUAUCAGACGAAGAGAAAAAGACACAGGGAGAACAGUCCGAGGAAGACAGCACCUCCAGGAGCACCUCUCUGUCGGACCCCUCUCAGCCCUCCCGCUCGUCGAGGUCUGGUAGAGGCUCGAGAGCUGAGGCCGGGGCCUUGUCCGUAAGGGCAAAGGUCGACAGGGCCUCCGGCAGUGAGAGGAGCAGGAGGAGUAGGCGGACUGGUGGGAAGGAGGGCAGUCAGGUUGCGGGGCCUCGGGCGCCCCCCGUCGCGGAGAUCAAGCCUAGUCCUCAGAGUCCCUGUGAGCGAACAGACCUGCGGAUGGCCAUUGUGGCCGACCACCUGGGACUUAGCUGGACUGAGCUGGCUCGGGAAAUGAACUUUUCUGUCGACGAGAUCAACCACAUCCGAGUGGAGAACCCCAACUCCUUGACAGCGCAGAGCUUCAUGCUGCUAAAGAAAUGGGUCAGCCGGGACGGUAAAAACGCAACGACGGAUGCCUUAACUGGAGUGCUGACCAAAGUCAAUCGGAUGGAUAUUGUGACUUUACUGGAGGGGCCGAUAUUUGACUAUGGUAACAUUUCAGGCACGAGAAGUUUUGCCGAUGAUAACGCUGUUUACCUGGAUCAGGCUGAUGAUUAUCACUGCAUCCUAGCGGAGCUGCAGUCCCCAGCCCAACUGCAUUCUGACCCUUCCUUCACAGAGCUCUACUCUGAACCCCCUACCCUCACCAUUGACCCCGAACCUACCCCUGUCCAGCUCAACCCAGACCGUCCUAUCUUCAUCGUCACCCAGACCGAGUCCUGGGCCGACCACAUGGAGCCUAGUGUGGAGCCUGACUCCUCCACUAGGAGCCCUUCUAGACCCUAUGAGCUGUCCCUGUCCAUUCCCACCCUUGACUUAGAUCCUACCGCUGCCACCAACACAGGAAUGGCUGAAGGUGACCAGGUGCUGAUAGUGGAAGAAGAGAAAAAGGAAGUGGACAUAAGCCUCCAACAGAUGUCAUUCGCUUCCCCUGAACAGUGUGAAGUAGAAAAAGAGGUCAAAGAGCAAGUCUCCUUCUUAUCAUCAUCUUUGUCCUCCGCAUCAUCACCUUGGCAAGCACAGCAGGAGGACAGCAGACAGGCAGGGGCUGAGGACGUCGUGAAGGGAGAUGGUGAGGAAGUGGUAGAGGCAGGUGAGAUGGCAGAAGAGGGGGAUAAAGUGGUAGAAGAGGGGAAAAACAAAAGAGAAAAUGUGGCUGAGGUGGAGGAAGAGGGGACUAAGGUGGUGAAAGAGGGGGAUAAUAAGAUGGUGUUGGAGGGGGGUAAGGAGCCAGAGAAUGGGGCUGAGGCGUUGGGGGAGCAGGGAGUGUCUGGUUCCACUGAGGAAAAGGAUGGAGACGAAAAUGAGAUGACAGAAGACAAGUUAAAGUUGCUGUUGGAGGAUAUUCAUUUGGAGGAAGGCUCAGAGGAAGGCGAGGAGAUGACGGAGGCCAAGGUUCAGGAGAUUCUCAGUCAGGUGCAGCAGGCAGAAAAAGACAUGUGUUCACUUCCAGGUUGGCACAGUGAGACAUUCAGCGUUAACGUGGAGCCGCCCACACCCGGCCGCAGUGUGAGCUCAGACCUGCUAGACCGCCAGGAAAAUAGCCAGGAGAACUCCAGUGACUCCGUCACCUCUUCCUCUAGAGGGGAGCCAGGGAGGUCCAGGCACAAUGGCGAUCACACGGAGCUACCACCUCAUGACGGGUCACUUCCUGUAUCGCAGGACUCAGCCAACAGAAGAGCUGGACAUGGGAAGGAAGAAGGCGUUCUUGUGUCUGAGAAGAAAGUCCAGCAGCGUUUUAGUGAGUCUGGCUCUGAUGAGGAACAAACCGUCACCACCAGGGUGUUUCGGCGCCGGGUCAUUCUUAAGGGAGAACAGGCAAAGAAUAUUCCGGGCGAAUCAGUGACAGAAGAACAGUUUACCGAUGAAGACGGUAACAUCAUCACUAGAAAAGUCAUCAGAAAGGUCAUCAGGCGGGUGUCCAUGCCUGACGACCAGGGCAGGGACAGGGGGAGGUGGGACCAAGGAGACCUCUGGCCUUGCCCUUUCUCACUGGAGGAGGAGCUAGAGCAAGGAGAUGGAGCUAAAAGCAGGAGGAAGGAGGAGAGGUUGGGAGAAAAAAAGCUUCACUCGUAGGGCUAGCUGGGCUCCACCAGGUGUGCAGGAAUUAUUCUCAUCGGUUUCCACGGCAGAAAGUUACAAACGACUAGAAAACGAAAGGAAAAUAGGAAAUUUCAGCCAAUACUUCCAACGCGUGGUUUUCAAGCGUGAAGAACUUGACCGUCUGAUUUUAGCAUGAGCAUGAAAAACUCACUCCCUGUCAAUUGAGGGAUCUGGAAGGUUCUCACCAUGGAAUCGGAAUUCUAAUUGUACAGCUCUCACUUCCUGUGGUCUAUGGACCAGAAGAAUUAUGCUUCCUGUUUGUGACUCGUAACGUGCCAUUGGUGUCAUGAGAGCUUUUGAGGAGCAUUGUGGUAACACUGAAAAAGGACUCCAUUACAGAAAAACUACAGGUGGUCGUGAGAAAAACCAUUGGUGGUGUGAGAGCUUUUGAGGAUCAUUGUGGUGAGACCGAAAAAGGACUCAAUUACAGAACAACCACAGGUGCAACUGAACAUACACUUCCCUGUGACCAAAGAUGGCACAAAAGCUCAAUUCUAGUAAUAGGAGAAAGAAACUCAACAAAAUUACACAAAAACAAGAGGAUCACUUCUGAUCCACCUCCAACACUCGCCUUAUAUUUUUUUCUUGGACCCAUAAAUGUCAGGUUGUAAAUUUCUGGGGUUUUUGUUUUCCUUUUUAAACCUGAAAAUAACAAGACUUUUUUCUGUAUAGAAAUUACAAUCUGUACAAUUCUAAAAUGAUGAGUUACAAGAUGAUAAUGCAGAGGAGAGAACUUUACAAGUGCUUUCAACAUGAUUAUCAAAAUGGUUCCACUUUUUUGGAAGAUUUGAGUGAACUUCACACGUUGUUGUACAAUUAAUUAUUAUAGCAGGUAUAACAUUUGUAUAUGAAAAAAGAUGGUUUGAUUUUAACAGAGGAAAUUUCCAGAAAAUCUUCUGCGAAUUUCAGUGAUUCCCAAAAUGGGGAUGUAUCUAAUUCUGCAAAAGCAGUCUUUCAGAGUACUCUUAUUUUCAUGCAUGCCUUUCACAUUAUUUUAAGUAAAAUUUGUACAAGUUUGCAAACACUGUAUUAAAAUUAGAAUUAAAACCCUUUAUCUGUGUACAAAUAUAGCCCUAACAUUUGUCACCAGUUUUAUAUUUGAAAUGAGAAAAAAAUAAUAAUACAUAAAAGUGGUUUUUUUUUUGUCUCGGACGAGGAACAGUAUGAAGAAAGUUUGUUCUAUAGCUUCUUGAGGAUUACCAUCUGUCUAUGUACAACUGAAGGGCGGCUUCUGCAGGGUUUAUCAUAAAUGCUAUGAGAAAGGAGUAAUCUGAAUGUAUAUGCUAGAAGACUGGCUCGCUGUAAAAUUAUAAAUGUAUUGUGUGUAUAGGCUAUAAGGUGUAGAGGUUGCUGUACGCUGUAAGACUGUUUGUAAUUAUCUUUAGCAGUGUGUCAAUUGGUUUUAUAAAGGCUGCUGUGGUUUUAAAGAAGAGGGUUUGGGGUUUUUGUGAAGUAUUUCCUUAAGUUUAAUCUACUCACAUAAAGACACACAAGACAUUCUUUGAUUGUAACUCUUUAUAGCAUAUGUAUGACAAAAACACUGGAUGGUCAAAACGAUUAUUUAAGCAUAAAAUAAAUUGUGUUGAACUCUGAAAUUGUGUGAUCUUUUUAGGCUUGAGAAUCUGUAUGCAGUGUCUAACUAGCAUUGUUUUGAUAGCUCAUUGGUGAUUACUUUGCAUUAGAUCUUCUCUUUGUAUUGGUUAGACUAGAGGCCCAUGUAGUUCAAGUGUGGUGUUAUUCUGGUGUGAAGGCUCAGACUUAGUGUGAUGAUGAUGUUUAUGCUGUGGACAUGACAAACAUGUAAAGGACUUCAUUUCUUUUGACAAGUGAAGCAAUUUAGGGUAUUGUAUCAUAUAUCCUAUCUUACAUGUCAAUCAGGGGGUAGAGGGUAAUUUGAUAUGGUUGAACUAUCAAUUUUGUCAAUUUUGUUUGAUAUGUGUUUUCAACUGAGCAAAUUUUUCGAUGUACAAUUCUUACUAACAGAGUGAAGCCAUUGAAAUGUAACUAUUCUAGCACUUUGGUUAUUCAAAGUCUUCUUUUAGAGGCUAUAGAAGCAAUGAUGCCACCACAAUGUUUCAAGCGUCUUAAAAAAAUGUAAUUUAAAACAAAAUAAAUAAAAAAGCAUUGGUUUUGAAAUA